GUUUUGACACAUAACAAUCGUUCAGCUGGUGCAUGCGUCUCAGUUGACUUUUGAAAGUUGUGUAUUAUAAACUUGGAGUGUAAUUUUAUUGCAAACAAAACAAAGAUAACAGUCAUUUGGCACCGAAAUUAAUGGAAUUUUUUUAAUUUGAUAUGCGAAUGAAUUCGGAAAUAGCAAUUUCCAUAGAAAAAGAAUGCAAUUCAACCAAAAUUGAUUAAGUUUCAGUGUUUUUUGUGUAUAAGUGAGCGUGAUAGAUUACCGCAGCCAACACAUUGGAUAAAUGUUAUUGUCAUCGUCGUCGUCGUCGUUGUUGUCAUUGAAGGAACUUGAAUUUAAUCAUCCACUCUGGCGAAACAAAUAUAUAAAUUUUUGCUCUUUAUUCAACACGUGACGUCUUUGGGAAUAAUCGAAAUGUCGGAAACGCGUUUGCCUGCUGUGUUCCUGGGCCAUGGAAGUCCAAUGAAUGCGCUGGAGGAAAACACUUACACCGAAACCUGGCGUCAGUUGGCUAAAACGUUGCCACGACCGAAAGCGAUUGUACUUAUUUCAGCCCAUUGGUACACGCGACGCACAGCGGCAACUGCAAUGGAAAAACCGCGAACCAUCCAUGAUUUUGGCGGAUUUCCACAGGCUUUGUUCAAUGCUCAAUACCCUGCACCAGGAUCGCCACAGUUAGCGCAACAGGUGGCCGAGCUACUCGCACCUCAUCCGGUCGUAUUAGAUCAAGAAUGGGGCUUGGAUCACGGCGCAUGGUGUGUACUGACCAAAAUGUAUCCGAAUGCAGAUAUUCCUGUUGUACAGUUGAGCAUUGAUGGCACCAAACCACCACUGUAUCACUACGAAUUGGGAAAAAAGUUGAGCACUUUACGCGAUCAGGGCAUACUGGUAUUGGGCAGUGGAAAUGUUGUGCACAAUCUGCGCACAUUGAAAUAUAAGGAAGAUGCUGAACCAUAUCCAUGGGCACAUUCUUUCAAUGAAUAUGUACGUGAGCAUCUGAGUUGGCAGGGACCGGCUGCAAAUCAUCCACUGGUCAAUUUCAUGAACCAUGAAGGAGCCGCACUUUCUUGCCCAUCACCCGAACAUUAUUUACCAAUUUUGUAUGCACUUGGCUGUCGUCAAGGCGAUGAGCCAGUUACCAUUUUAACGGACGGAAAUUUGAUGGGGUCACUUAGUAUGUUAUCAGUACAGAUUGGCACAUUGCCAGCAGCAAAGUAGAUUGUAAAUGGUUUGAAACCCAUCUCUCACUGUAACGACAAUAUCACUUUGUGAUUAUUUAUAGUUAACACUUUUUGUUGCGCAUAUUUAACUGUGCAUGUGUUAAAUGAUGAUUCAAAAUAAAACAGGAAAAUUCUGAUUAAU